UUUUUUUUUCAAAACAAACAAAAAAAAAAUGGCACAUUCUAUAUUAAAUAAUAUGGAAUAUAUAAAAAAAGUAAUAGAUACAUCACAUAAUAAUAUAGAAGAAUGUGAAGAAAAUGAACAACCAGCAGAUACAAAUCGAUGGCAUUCGAUAUUCCGUAGAAUGUCAAUGAAUAUUCAACGAGACGAAGGCACUCCUGAUAAAGAGAUCGUUCAUGGUACUCCACUCGAUCCAUCAGAGCAUGAACGUGCUUUAAUGCUUAAUAUUCCUCAUAGCAACGGGAGUCCAAUGGAUACAGCAGCCUUCUCAUUUGAAGAUGAUACUUUACCUACGGUUGAAGAAGUUGUAAGGACAGAUCGUGUAAAGGAACAAACAAAUACAAGUUAUUUUGAAAAGCCCUUUCAUUUCGAUUCGACUUCUACCACAGCAAGUUAUGAUGAUACCACCCAUCGUCCCUUAUUGACUCCUAGUAGUAGCCAUCACAAUACUAGCAUAGAGGACCAUCACCCUAAAGAAAAGAAGAAGAAUCAUCAUCAUGGGAUAUUAUAUGAAAGCCCUGAAAAUUGGAUACAAACUGAUACACAUGACUUGAAUAAUAGAGCAAAAGUGCAUUGGGCAAAAGGCUUUGAGAAAAUAAAAGUAGUGAAUGCUAUUGCUUCACAUUCUAGAAGAACAAGCACCUCAGCACAACAUCUCAUGACAACAAAAUAUCCAUUAGCACCCUACUAUCCUUCUCUCUUUAUGCCAGGAUAUUUAUCACUUAUGUGUCGGGAUGAGUAUGGUAGAAAAGCUCCUCCUAUAUUGUUUGAUGUACUCAAUGCAUCUAUAACAGACUCAGUGAUCGACCAAAACGCUAGUCAUCGACUUUGGACAUUUCGUAUAGAAUUACAAUACGGGGAAAUUAAAUGGAUCAUUCAUCGAACGAUUAUUGAAUUUUACAACCUUCACUUGACACUUAAAUUUAAAUAUAUGUCUGGGUUUAUUUCUGAUCCACCCCCUUCCUUUCCAAGUCAACUAGCUCAUCUUACCAAUGCUGCCUUAACCUCUAUGCGUAUCACACGCGAGCAAGAGGAUGGUGUAUGGCGAGAGGUGGCACUGAAACGACGGGAUGCCUUAGAGAUCUAUUUGAGGUCCCUUAUUCAGGGCGCUACUCUCCUUGUCAAUUAUGAACUAUGCGAGUUCUUAGAACUAAGUGCCAUCUCUAUCGUUAGAGAUAUGGGUUGGAAAGGUAAAGAAGGGUAUCUUGAAUAUAACAUGAAUCCAAACUUGAUGAGUUCUGUUUUAAAAUGGCAUCGAUGGCAUAAGGCUUGGUUCAUCUUGCGUGAUUCCUUUCUUGCCAUUUGUAAAGAUAUCGGAUCUACGACUCCUUAUGAUGUCAUCUUGUUUGAUAAGUACUUGAAGGUCGUGAAAUCUCAUAGCUCCUUUGUGGGCUCUAUUCAUCAAACUCAUUUUGUCUUGUCCAAUACAACGAGAAUGAUCGAAAUUAAGGCACCUACUUCAAGGCAUAUAGAGGAAUGGAUUGAGAAUUUAGAAAAGAUUCAAAAGGAGUCACCAUGGCUUAUGAACCAUCGUUUUGGAUCCUAUGCUCCUAUCAGAGAAAAUGCAAAGGCCAAAUGGUUUAUUGAUGGAAAUAGUUAUUAUGAGGCUGUCAUUGAAGCUAUUUUAUCUGCAAAAUCCGAAAUUUAUAUAGAAGAUUGGUGGCUGAGCCCACAAUUGUAUUUACGUAGACCUCCAAAAGGCAAUGAAGAAUAUAGAUUGGAUCGUUUAUUGAAACGAAAGGCAUAUGAAGGAGUCAUGAUCUAUAUCGUUAUUUAUAAAAAUGUCUCUGUUGCAUUACCACUCGAUUCUCAACACACUCGCGAUUGGAUGCAAAGUGUACAUCCCAAUAUUAUUGUACAAAGACAUGCAAAUUUGACUUCAUCACCUUUUUGGGCACAUCAUGAGAAAAUUUUAGUUAUUGAUAAUAAACUGGCAUUUGUUGGAGGACUCGAUUUAUGCUUUGGUCGUUAUGAUACACAAGAUCAUAAAUUAACUGAUUAUUAUCCUAACAAUAUUGAAAAUGAAAUCUUUCCUGGACAAGAUUAUUCUAAUCCGAGAAUAAAAGACUUUAUUAAAGUAAGUCAAUAUGAUAUGGAAUUAAUUGAUAAAAGAUGUACACCUCGAAUGCCGUGGCAUGAUAUACAUACGGCUAUGAUAGGACAACCUGCAAGAGAUGUAGCGCGUCAUUUCAUUCAAAGAUGGAAUUUUAUUAAAUCAAAUCGAUCCAAAGAAAGAAAUGAAGUCCCAUUCUUAUUACCUAAAGGAGAAUAUGUUUCCGUUCGAGAUGAAUUAAAAUUUAAAGGUACUUGCCGUAUACAAGUUUUAAGAAGUAGUGCUGAAUGGAGUCAAGGAAUUAUAAGAGAAUAUUCUAUUUAUAGUGCAUAUAUGGAAUGUAUCUUUAAGGCAAAGCAUUUUAUUUACAUUGAAAAUCAGUUCUUUAUAACCACUACUAGUCCUCAUGACAAACUAAUAAAAAAUAAAAUUGGUCAAGCUAUUGUUGAAAGAAUUAAACGUGCUCAUCAAGAAAAAGAAAAGUUUAGAGUUAUUGUAGUUAUCCCUGUUGCGCCUGGAUUUGAAGGAGAUUUUACUCAAGUUGAUAGGAAAUCAAUGCCACUUAGAUCAGUAGCUCAAUAUCAAUAUCGUUCAAUUUCACGUGGCAAAUAUUCCGUCUUCGAGCAAUUAAGAAAAGCAAAUAUACCGAUUAAAGACUAUAUUGGCUUUUAUAGUUUAAGAAAUUGGAGUAAAAUUAAAAGACCUGCUUCGGUUGUAAGAAGGGAUGAAUUCAAUCAUAUCAUUCCAGUUCCUCCACCUUUGCCUCCUUUACCAGCAAGCAUUACUAAUAAACGCAAUCUAUUAAACAAAAAACUUAUGAAAUCAAGGUCAGGUCAAAGUAACUCAAACGAGGACUUGAUACCUUCUCAACAAAGACAAAAGGCUGCCUUAUUAAUGCAACAAGGAUACGAUGAUGGUCGGAUGGAUUUUAUAACGGAGCAAAUUUAUAUUCAUUCAAAGUUAAUGAUUGUGGAUGACAAAAUUGUUAUUUGUGGUUCAGCAAAUUUAAAUGACAGGUCUCAGUUGGGUAAUCGAGAUUCGGAAAUAGCCGUGUUGAUAGAAGAUACAGACUUAGUUGAUUCACAGAUGAAUGGGAAACCUUAUAAAGCCUCAAGAUAUGCAUUAUCUUUACGUAUGCAACUAUUUAAAGAACAUCUUGGUUUACUUAACUGUACCCAACAAGAUAAUUAUGAAUAUUUUGGUUAUCGUAAUAUGAAACGCGAAGAUAUUAUUGUCAUGGAUCCUUUACAUGAUGAAUUCUAUUAUGAUAUUUGGAACAAAACCGCAGAAAAGAAUACGCUUAUCUAUCGGGAUGUCUUUCGAUGUGUUCCGGAUGAUACAGUACAUACAUUUGAACAGCAUCGUCAUUUUGUUCCUGAUCCAAUGAAUACAUUACCUGGUCAUAUAGCAGAACCAUGGAAUAAUACGAAUGAACAAAUACAAUCCAAAUUAGAAAAAAUACAAGGCCAUUUAGUAGAAUUUCCAACCGAAUAUAUGAAGAAUGUUAACAUGACAGCUUCUGUCAUGCAAGAGGCUGUUCCUCCUAUUGUUUUUACUUGAAUUCUUUAUUCCUUUUCCUCCUAAUUUUUUUUUCAUUUCAUUACAUAUUGAUCCUGUUGCUAUUCGUUUUAAAGUUAUUACCCCGCUGUAUUAUUAUUAUUAUUAUCUAUGGUAUAUAAAAAGUGAUAUUGCAAAUGUAUAA